GGCGGUCUCUCUGUCUGUCUGUCGCUGUGUGUUUCUGUCCGACUCUCUCUUCCUCUUCUUCUCCAUCUCGCCCCGAGCUCCCCUCUUCCCCUACCAACCCCACUCUGUGUCUCUGGUAUUACCUCUUCAAAGCCUCCAUGAAAGAGCCAGCAGGGACAGAGAGAGAGAGAGUGGAGAAGGAUUAUAGGGAAAAGGUGGGAGGAAAGUGAAGGAAAAUGAAUACUCAAGUAAAGUGAUGAUAGUCACGUCUUACCCUCCAAGUUCGUUCCUUCAAUCCAACUCCUCCUCCUCCUUCACCCCUUCUUUUUCAAUACUCCAAAAUCUUGGUCUUUGAUUGGAAAAAUCUUGUACACUCAUCAUGCCCAAGAUGAAUUAAAAAUCGAGACUUUUUCAAGAAAUCUUUAUUUUUUUGUUUAUUUUUUUGGGAGAGGGGUUUUUCCUUUUGGGAGGGAGUCAGAAGAUGACAGAAGUAUUGCAAUCCCCGUCCCACUUCCCUUCACCCUCAAGCUCCUCCUCCUCUCCAUGUGCCAAUAAUGACCCACACCACCACCACCAACAACAGCAGCAUUCCUUCAUACAAGAAGAAGAAGACGGAGACGAGGAGGUGAGAGAGAGGAUUAUUAGGAAGGAAAGGGACAAGAACAACAGCAGGGAGAGGGAGAGAGAUCAGCUGUCCCUUUUGGCCCUUCUGGUAGCUGCUUUUAGGAAGUCCUUGAUUGGGUGCAACCUUGUUGAUACUGCUGCUGUCAGCUGCGGCGGUGGUGGGAGUAAGGAGCUCCGUGCUUCGAUGGAGAUUGGGGUGCCUACCGAUGUUAGGCAUGUUGCCCAUGUUACCUUUGAUCGAUUCGAUGGCUUCCUCGGCCUUCCCGUUGAGUUUGAGCCCGAAGUCCCCAGGAGAGCUCCCAGUGCCAGCACCAGAGUCUUUGGUGUCUCGACAGAGUCAAUGCAGCUCUCAUUUGACUCCCGAGGGAACAGUGUGCCCACAAUUCUCCUCCUCAUGCAGAGGCAUUUGUAUGCUCGGGGAGGCCUGAAGGCUGAAGGAAUUUUCAGAAUCAAUGCUGACAAUGGGCAGGAAGAGUAUGUCCGGGACCAACUGAAUUGCGGGAUCGUACCUGAGGGUGUUGAUGUGCACUGUUUGGCCGGUCUUAUAAAGGCUUGGUUUAGAGAACUUCCUACUGGCGUGCUGGAUUCCCUCUCGCCCGAGCAGGUAAUGCAGUCCCAAUCAGAGGAGGACUGUGCUCAGCUCGUGAGGCUGAUUCCCCCAAUGGAAGCAGCUCUCCUUGACUGGGCGAUAAAUCUGAUGGCCGAUGUUGCGCAAAUGGAGCACCUCAACAAGAUGAAUGCACGGAACGUUGCUGUGGUUUUCGCCCCAAACAUGACAAAAAUGGCCGAUCCAUUGACGGCGCUGAUGUAUGCAGUGCAAGUAAUGAACUUCCUUCGGACUCUCAUAGAGAAGACACUCAGAGAAAGAGAGGAUUCUGCAGUCGAGCCAUUGCCUCCUCCCAUUUUAGGUCCUCCUGAUGACAGUGGACCCCAUGGCCCUUCGCACUCCUUACAUGACAGAGAAUCAAAUAAUGACAAGCAUGAAGAAGAAGAGGAGGAGCAAGCUCGUAUUCAGGAAGAACCUGCUUUGGAUUCCACUCCUCAGUCUCCCAAAAGUGAUCUUACAACUGAGAGCGGUUCCCAAAACUACCUCAUCUCCACUGAGAACAUAAUCCCAUGCUGGAGCCACCCUCAAGUAGACAAGUGUUCAUGCGAGGUUAUGUCUCAGGUAAAUUACUUGCGGAGUGAAGUCCAGGAUCUAUGCUCCCCAGAGCCCAGUGGGAGCACUCCGAAGAACACUUACAGGAGCAAAUCUGAGCAGUUGGUCGAUUCGAGUCCCAAGAAAGGGCUGAGAAAGGCGAAGGAUCUGCAAGUGGUAAUACAAGCAACGGAGAAGGGAGUGGGCGCCAAGACUAACAUCUUGGGCAGAUUGAAUUCAAGGGCGGAGCUGACAGAGGCUUGGCGUUGAUGGCUAGUUGUGUUUUACUGUUGGGAUCCGAAUUCGGUUCUGGUUGAGUUGCGGGGACUUCGCCAUUAUGUGGGAUUGGCGGGUCAGUGCUGUGAUACGGUUCGGAAAUCUGUAUCUGUCUUGUUCAUGGUUUCACUGUGUGUUUAUAAGAGAAAAAUGGGAACAAAAAUGUGUAAUUGGUCUGUGACAUUUCCUUGGUCCAUUGUUUUAACUGUUGCUGUCUUACUGCUGCUGCACUCUUAACCC